AUGGCGCCCUCGACCACCUUCACAGCAACCUACACAAACUCCUCCUCCCUCUCUCCCUCCGCCCCCUUCACCCUCACCAAAAAUGUCCCUACCACUUCAACCUCAACCUCAUCAUCACCAAUGAGCACCUCCGACCGCGCCAAAUACCUGCACUCCCUCCGUCAAAUCGCCGCCACUUUCCAAGACGACAUCAACCGGGAACUCACCCAAAGAAUGGAGGAGGACAACAAGCGUGCGGCUGCGGCUUCUGGUGGAAAGAGUAAAGCGGAGGAAAAGGCGGCUAAGGAGGAGGAGAAUUACGGGGAGGAGGUUGUUGAGGAGGAUGAGUAG